ACCCAUACAUACAAGGCUCGAAUGACGAGACAUUCGACGUCUUCCAUGAAUCGCGCUCGCUCUCUAUAGAUAUCCAUAUCUCUGUCUCGAUUAACAAAGGAAAACAAUUUGGUUGAUCAUGGCGACGCCGGGUCAACUGAAUCAGAUAUGGGACUCGGUUCUGGAACUCACUAAGGGGGCUCAGGAGAGGAACUGCGACCCGUUCCUUUGGGCGAUUCAGAUUAGUUCGACUCUCAACUCGGCUCAAGUGGACUUGCCCUCCACUGAACUUGCGCACUUCCUGGUCUCUUACAUCUGCUGGGAAAACCACGUGCCUAUCACCUGGAAGUUUCUCGAGAAGGCCUUGAUCCUCAAGAUUGCGCCUCCUAUGCUCGUUCUUGCUCUUCUCUCCACCAGGGUUAUUCCAAAUCGCCAGAAUCAUCCUGCCGCUUAUAGGCUUUAUCUGGAACUACUGAAGAGGCAUGCCUGUUCUUUUACUUCUCAAUUCAAUGGACCGAGCUAUCAAAAGAUCACAGAAUCAGUGGAUGAUGUUCUUCAUCUUUCCCAGAUAUUUGGUCUUCAAUUGUGUGAACCUGGGCUUCUUGUAGUUGCAUUCAUCUUUUCAGUUGUGUGGCAAUUAGUUGAUGCAUCAUUGGAUGAUGAAGGAUUGCUUGAAGUUACACCUGAAAAGAAGUCUCAAUGGCUAAGUGGACCACAAGAUAUGGACCUAGAUGUUCAUGAUAGUUUUGGUGAUAGGAAAUCCAAAAACCAUGAGGGGCUUCAGAAAUUAAACACAACAAUGGCAAUUGAGAUUAUUGGAGAAUUUCUGCAAAACAAAAUAUCUUCAAGGAUUCUUUUCUUGGUGUGUCAAAACAUGACAUCAAGCUGGGCAGACUUCGUUCAGCGAUUCCAAGUACUUGUGGCGAAUUCUGCUGCUUUGAGGAAUUCAAAACAUUUUACUCCAGAAGCCCUUCUGAAAUUGAAAUCUGAUACGCUUAGAGUUUUGUCUCCGCUAUACAAAAAAAUAUCACAGCUUGGUCAUUUGACCAUGGCUUCUGGGUCUCUGAUCUCUUCUGCUGGUCAAUGUUUUGGGGCUAGUCAUAGUACACUAUGGCUACCCAUUGAUUUGUUUCUCGAAGAUGCCAUGGACGGAUCACGAGUGGCAGGAGCUAGUGCGGUUGAGAUUCUGACCGGUCUAGUGAAAGCUUUGCAGGCAGUUAACUGUACUACAUGGCACGAGACAUUCCUUGGUUUAUGGAUGGGUGCUCUACGGCUUGUUCAAAGGGAGAGGGAUCCCUGUGAGGGUCCUAGACCUCGGUUAGAUAGCUAUAUGGGCAUGUUGCUAUCAAUCACAAUCCUUGCGGUCACAAAUUUAGUUGAGGAGGAGGAAAGUGAACUGCUUGAUGAGGAUGAGAAGAGUUCUACCAAUCAAAAGAAGGAAAAGCAUGCCCCAGGAAAACGUCGCAAGGAUUUGAUAGCCAGCAUACAACGAUUGGGUGAUUAUGAGAGUUUGCUGCUUCCACCUUCAGCAGUAAGUUUAGCAGCAGAUCAAGCUGUUGCGAAGGCAACCAUGUUUUUGCAAGGCCUUGCAGUUGGUAAUGGCUACUGUGAAAGCAUGAGCAUGAAUGACAUGCCCAUCAAUGGUUCUGGAAACCUGUGGCAUCUAAUUGUGGAGGCUUGUAUUGCUAGAAGCUUACUGGAUACAUCAGCAUAUUUAUGGCCAGGCUAUGUAAAUGUGUGCAGCAACCAAGUACUUCACGGCGUUUCUGGCCAAAUGUCUGCUUGGUCAUCAUUGAUGAAGGGUUCACCUCUAAACCCUUCAUUGACAAGUUCUUUGGUUGCAACUCCGGCUUUUAGCUUAGCAGAGAUUGACAAACUAUAUGAAAUCGCAAUCACUGGUUCUGAUGAUGAGAGGAUUGCUGUUGCUAACAUUCUUUGUGGAGCAUCUCUAAUUCGUGGUUGGAAUAUACAGGAACAUGUCAUUCUCUGUAUUGUAUGUUUGCUAUCCCCACCCGUUCCUGCUGAUCACUCUGGGACUGACAGCCAUUUAAUUGGUUAUGCUCCAAUGCUAAAUAUUCUUCUCAUUGGAAUAUCGUCAGUUGAUUGUGUUCAGAUUAUGUCCUUACACGGCUUGGUUCCAAUACUUGCGGGUGCAUUGAUGCCCAUCUGUGAGCUUUUUGGCUCCAGUAUUGCCUCAUGGACUCUUCCCACUGGGGAAGAGCUCUCUUGUCAUGCAGUGUUCUCCAACGCAUUUACACUUCUACUGAGGUUAUGGAAAUUUGAACGUCCACCUCUUGACCAAAGGAAGGGAGAGGGAGGACCCCUGGGGACCAAACUAGGCCCUGAAUACCUCUUACUGGUUAGAAACUCUGAACUAUCUUCUUUUGGAAAAUCAACAAAAGAUCAACUCAAAAGCAGGAGAUUCUCUAAAAAGUUAAUCGUAUCUAUGGAACCCAUAUUUAUGGAUUCUUUCCCGAAAUUGAAACUAUGGUAUCAGCAGCACAUAAAAUGUAUUACUUCUGCCCUUUCUGGUCUUGUCAGUGGGACUGCUGUUCAUCAGAUUGUUGAUUCACUACUCAAUUUUAUGUUCAAAAGAAUUAAUAGAGGUGGUCAGCCCUUGAGCUCGACAACUUCUGGAAGUAGUAAUUCAUCUGGUCCUGGAUCCGAAGAUGCUUCUAUUUUACUCAAAGUACCAGCAUGGGAUAUCCUGGAAGCAGUUCCCUUUGUGCUUGAUGCUGCUUUGACAGCCUGUGGCCAUGGCAGACUUUCGCCCCGUGAACUGGCGACAGGACUCAAAGAUCUUGCUGAUUUUCUUCCUGCAUCUUUAGUUACCAUUGUAAGCUACUUUUCAGCUGAAGUUACCAGAGGUGUAUGGAAGCCAGUUUUCAUGAAUGGGACCGACUGGCCAAGUCCUGCUGCAAAUUUAUCCAUGGUUGAGCAACAGAUAAAGAAAAUACUAGCUGCCACAGGUGUUAAUGUUCCAAGACUUGUUGUGGGGGGGAGUUCUCCAGCUACGCUUCCUUUGCCCUUGGCUGCCCUGGUAACCCUCACAAUAACAUAUAGACUUGAUAAAGUCGCUGAACGCUCCCUUGUCUUGGUUGGGCCAGCAUUGAGUUCUCUCGCCUCUUCCUGUCCUUGGCCAUGCAUGCCCAUAAUAUCUUCAUUAUGGGUCCAGAAGGUGAAGCGCUGGAGCGAUUACCUUAUAUUCUCUGCUUCUGGUAAUGUGUUCCACCAUGACAGAGACGCUGUUGUUCAGCUUCUUAGGAGCUGCUUCACAUCAACUCUUGGGUUAAGUCCCUCACACAUGACCAGCAAUGGAGGUGUGGGUGCCCUUCUUGGCCAUGGAUUUGGCUCUCACUUUUCCGGAGGAAUCUCCCCAGUUGCCCCAGGAAUUCUCUACCUAAAAGUGCAUCAAUCUUUCACAGAAGUCUCGUUCAUGACAGAAGUUAUUGUCUCUCUUUUAAUUGAAUCCGUUAGAGAGAUUGCAAAUAGCGGAUUGCCUAGAGAGACCUUGGAGAAAUUGAAGAAAGCCAAAUUUGGGACGAGAUACGGGCAAGUUUCACAGGCUGUAGCGAUGACACACGUGAAAAUUGCAGCUUCGCUUGCGGCCUCAUUGAUUUGGAUAACUGGGGGAUAUUGUUUGGUUCAAUCUCUGCUUGCAGAGAACUUACCUUCUUGGUUUUUAUCAGUCCAAGGAUCUGACCAGGAAGGUGGGGAAUCUGUAGGCAUGUUUGCUAUGCUCAAGGGUUAUGCUCUUGCAUACUUUGCAGUCAUUUGUGGGACGUUUGCUUGGGGUGUGGACUCAUCAUUACCAACAGCAAAACGGAGGCGAAGGGUUCUUCAGGCUCACUUAGAAUUUCUUGCAAGUGCUUUGGAUGGUAAAAUAACACUUGGUUGUGACUGGGCAACUUGGCAGGCAUAUGUCUUAGGGUUCUUGAGCUUGAUGGUUGCUUCUGCUCCGAAAUGGGUUCUCGAGAUUGAUGUGGAUGUGUUGAAGCGAUUGAGCAAGGGUUUGAGGCAAUGGAAUGAGACAGAACUAUCUCUGGCCCUUCUGAGUGUAGGUGGAGUUGGCACAAUGGGGGCAGCAGCUGAACUAAUCAUUGAAUGUGGAGUUUAAGCCUUGAAUGCCCCCAAUGGACUAAUUCUAGAUAAAUUAUCUUUUUGAAUCUUGUUGAUGAUGCUUUUUCUAGCCUAUAGAAAAACUCUAGCAUCUCUAAGAUGAUAGCUCAUGUAAAGUUAGCUUAGGUUGUAAGAAAUUAGAGGCUUGAUGCCUGUCUGUCUAUAUUCGUCCAGGUCCUUCUUUUCUCUCUAUACUGUACAACAUACCCUGGUCGAGGUCGUCAUCAGCACAAAUCCUUCUGUUUAGAUAAUUGAUUUCAUUUUUUAUAGAUUUAAUUUCUUUUA